CGCCAUAUUAAGGAGCGGGGAGCCCGGGAUCCCGUCAGCGGCGGCCGCGGCCGGACGCGGCGUAGCUGCGCUCAGCGGAGGCGGGCGCGGCGCGGCGCCGGGAGAGGCGGGGCCGGCGGAGCCAGCGGGCGACGGGAGCGAGCCAGACCGACGGCCCGCCAUGGACCAGGACUACGAGCGGCGCCUCCUCCGGCAGAUCGUCAUCCAGAACGAGAACGCGGUGCCCUGCGUCGCAGAGAUGCGGCGAACCCUGACACCCGCCAACUCGCCCGUGUCCUCCCCCAGCAAGCACGGGGACCGCUUCAUCCCCUCGAGAGCCGGCGCCAACUGGAGCGUGAACUUUCACAGGAUCAACGAAAAUGAGAAAUCGCCCAGCCAAAAUCGGAAAGCCAAGGACGCCACCUCGGACAACGGCAAAGACGGCCUGGCCUACUCGGCUCUACUGAAGAACGAACUGCUCGGUGCCGGCAUCGAGAAGGUGCAGGACCCGCAGACGGAGGACCGCAGGCUGCAGCCCUCCACGCCUGAGAGGAAAGGCCUUUUCACGUAUUCCCUCAGCACCAAGCGCUCCAGCCCCGACGAUGGCAAUGACGUGUCUCCCUACUCCCUGUCCCCCGUCAGCAACAAAAGUCAGAAGUUACUGCGGUCACCACGGAAACCCACCCGCAAGAUCUCCAAGAUUCCCUUCAAGGUCCUGGACGCGCCCGAGCUGCAGGACGACUUCUACCUGAACCUGGUGGACUGGUCAUCCCUCAAUGUACUCAGCGUGGGGCUGGGGACCUGCGUGUACCUGUGGAGUGCCUGCACCAGCCAGGUGACCCGGCUCUGUGACCUCUCCGUGGAAGGGGACUCGGUGACCUCCGUGGGCUGGUCUGAGAGGGGGAACCUGGUGGCCGUCGGCACACACAAGGGCUUUGUGCAGAUCUGGGAUGCGGCCGCAGGGAAGAAGCUGUCCAUGCUGGAAGGCCACACGGCGCGCGUCGGGGCGCUGGCCUGGAACGCUGACCAGCUCUCGUCUGGGAGCCGGGACCGCAUGAUCCUGCAGAGGGACAUCCGCACGCCGCCCUUACAGUCAGAGCGGCGGCUGCAGGGCCACCGGCAGGAGGUGUGUGGGCUCAAGUGGUCCACAGACCACCAGCUGCUCGCCUCAGGGGGCAACGACAACAAGCUGCUGGUCUGGAACCACUCAAGCCUGAGCCCCGUGCAGCAGUACACGGAGCACCUGGCGGCCGUGAAGGCCAUCGCCUGGUCCCCGCACCAGCACGGGCUGCUGGCAUCCGGCGGCGGCACAGCCGAUCGCUGCAUUCGCUUCUGGAACACGCUCACAGGGCAGCCGCUGCAGUGCAUCGACACCGGCUCCCAGGUGUGCAACCUCGCCUGGUCCAAGCACGCCAAUGAGCUGGUGAGCACGCACGGCUACUCGCAGAACCAGAUCCUCGUCUGGAAAUACCCAUCCCUGACACAGGUGGCCAAGCUGACCGGGCACUCCUACCGGGUCCUCUACCUGGCCAUGUCCCCUGAUGGAGAGGCCAUAGUCACUGGUGCUGGGGAUGAAACCCUGAGGUUCUGGAAUGUCUUUAGCAAAACCCGUUCGACAAAGGUAAAGUGGGAAUCCGUGUCCGUCCUCAACCUCUUCACCAGGAUCCGGUAAACCCGUGGCCGCGCAGUCCUGGUCGCAGAGCGCCACCUCUCAGCGUGCAUGGACCCUCCCCUCCCCCGAACACGGGCCCCAGAGGAAGACAGGCAGCCAGGGUGGGGCGGGAGCCGGGCCUGGAGAGACCCUGAAGGUUCUAUUAAAGCCUGAUUGUGAACCCUGUCAGCCGGUGUUUGGGGCGGGGCCAGGCUCGGGCACCAGCAGGAGUGGGGCGUCUGGAUCCCUGCACCCUGGGUGGCCCCGGCUUAGACGGCUGUGCCCAGAGCGGGAUGGACGCCUCCUGGACGCCGCCUCUUUCCAUCCGUGUCCGUCACCACCUCGCUGGGGCUUCAUGCUCUGCCCGGAAGUUCGUGCUCACUGCUGCCCACACCUGCUACGGGACAGACGGCUGGACACCAGGCCGGUCGGCCGGGGGAGGGCCCGGCAGGAUGGCAGCUCGGGUUGGCCCAUGGAUUGAAACGACGUCCCCACUCGAGAGGUUUCUUUGCAGCCACCUCUGCUCUCCCUGCCCCAGCAGCCGACCGGUGGCUCUUUCAGGGGCACGCGUUGGGAGCAGGCCACACGCCAAAGGAGGUCACCUUGAGGAGGACUUGUUGUCUGAGGGAGACUGAUGUGGGACCUGUUCGCCACCAUGGCUCGCCCCGACUGUCCUUGUCGCUCACGGGGUCACAGCCGACUGUGGUUCUUGCAGCUUGCUGGGCAGCCGGUCAGGGUAACCUGAGGGCAGAAUUGAGCCUGCGGGUCAGGUCCUGUGGGCGGCCAGCCCUCCUCCCCAGCCCCUUCCCCUCCAGGCCACCCUAGUGGGUCCUGUCCAUCUGCGCCUUCAGCUGGGGGAGGG